UGUUCUACAUAACAUUGUUUUCGGUUUGUUUUGUUUUUCUGUAAAAUACUCUGCUGAGGAAAAGUUAUUAGGUUAUUUCUUUUAAAGAACAUUGUAGAACCUUGAGAGAUGCAUAACGUGCUUUUUUAUGUCUUUCUGUUUCUUGUUCUUUACUCUAUUAAUUUUUACUUUUUACAUGAUAUGAAACUGCGUUUUCAUUCGGAGCCUUCAUUCAAAAGCCUAAAUUUGAAAUUCAGUGCAUAAGAAAUUCUAUGCAAACCUUUUCUGUGGGCUUAAAAUGAAAAACAAAUGUUUAGUUUGGAUUCAUUUUAAGGAAUUUAUUAUGUGGGAUUUUACACUUUUUCAUGUAAAAACAAAAAACAAAAAUCUUAGAAAAAUGAGCUAAACUAACGUGUAAGGGAAUUCCAUUUUAGUAAUUGGGUAUAUGAAGAUUAUUUUGGAUUUGUGUGCUCUCAUAGUGGGGUUUCAGCACAAGAUGUCUCUCCGAAUAAAGGCAGUGGUAGAUAAGUUUGUCCAAGAGUUGCAGGAAGCGUUGGAUGCUGAUAUUAAGGAUAGGAUCAUGAAGGAUAGAGAGAUGCAAAGUUACAUUGAAGAGCGUGAACGUGAGGUUGCGGAACGUGAGGCUGCUUGGAAGGCUGAUCUUUCUCGUCGUGAGGCUGAGAUUGCCCGACAAGAAGCAAGGCUGAAGAUAGAGAGAGACAAUCUGGAGAAAGAGAAAAGUGUGUUGAUGGGAACUGCGUCAAAUCAAGAUAACCAAGAUGGAGCUCUUGAAAUUACUGUAAGUGGUGAAAAAUACCGUUGCCUCAGAUUUGCCAAGGCAAAAAAAUAAGGCUUUACUGCGGUGACAAAAAGGAAAUGUAUGAUCUUCACUUCUGCACCUCCCCUGGAAGAGGACUAGUGCUGCUGAGGAGCCCACACGCAAAGCCAAGCUCAAUUUAUGCACCUCUAGGAACAAUUAUUCAAAUCAAAACUGUUCAGUGGUGGUUUACAAUUCCUGUUGGGAUAGUGUUUUAUGACUUGAUCAAUUAUUUUAUUGAUUUUUUUUAAAUAAAAUUUUGGCUAUAUAAUUAAUUCUCAAAGGAUUGUACGCGAGGAGAUAUUAGUCUGAAGUAUCUAUUGAGAAAAAAUGACAAUCAGCCAAGGUAAUUUUGACAGCAGAUUGCAUGGUUUGUAAAAAGGAAUGCAGAGGAGCAAAAAAAAGACCGUAAUGCAUACUCUAUUUUGAUGGUGCGAAAGAAAUUUAGAGUACUAAAGAAAAGAAACGAAGGGAAUACAACAGAAAAGAAUAAAGAGUGUGAAAAAUAAAAUUGCUUAGGUAAUUUGAAAAAGAAUAAAAAAGAG